UUGCUUUUCAGUGGGAGUGGGCGGGAGAUACAAAAUUGUAAACACAAGGACUGUGAAAGUGAUGCAAAGGAAUGAAAUUAUGUAUUAGAUUUUACUUUUAUCAAGGAAUAAACUAAGGAAAAGUCAUGCAGGUCUCCUCAGCCCAAGAUGAGGAGGAUGACACAUUUAAAUGCGGUCGCUGCAAAAAUGAAUAUCGCGACUAUGAAUCUUUCAAGGUUCACAAGCAAACGUGUCACAUUCCCAGCCACUCAAAAUCACCUCAAAAUGCAACAGGAGCCAACAUUGGAACUUAUCACCAUAAUCUCUCAGAGGAUCAGGCAAAGUGCUUGGAGGAAGUUCUAGGCUUUAAGGAGGUUGACGCAGCCGACGUCCUUGCGAAUCAGCUUUCGAGCUUUGCCAGCUGCAAACAGCCGAUUUUUGAGGUCACAGUAGCCACCUCUACUGAGCCCCAGGGACACUUUGAUGAUUUUUUUGAACAAGGCAGCGUCAAAAUUGUUGAGCAACCCUCAGACGGAGAAUUUCAGAGCCCCGUAAAAGUUAUUCUGAAAAGUUCGGUCCCUAAAACAAAACCUAAAGGGAAAAAGGUUGUCAGGGAGGGAGAUAAAAAUCACGCAUGUGAAGUAGAUGGAUGCAAUUUGGUUUUCAAGUACCUAAAAGAUUUGGUUAGACACAGACGAGUUCACACAGGAGAAAAGCCUUUCAUGUGCGGGCUUUGUGGUAAAUCGUACAGCAGAGCAGACAAAUUCCAGCUCCACUCGAUGAUCCACAAAAACAUCAAACCUUACGCUUGUGGGAUUUGCGAGUAUAAGACCGUCAGCAGUUCAAACCUGAAAACACAUCAAAUGGUUCAUAGCAAUGAGAGGCCUUGGAAAUGCCAAGUCUGUCCUUACAGAGCAAGAGGCUCUUCUCAGCUUGCAGUUCAUCUCCGCAAACACACUGGUGAUCUCCCAUUUAUUUGCACUACCUCCGGCUGCAACGCCCUUUUCAAGACUGCGUCCAAUCUUCGGCGGCACCAGAAAGUCCACAGUACUGAAAAACCAUUUGCCUGUGAUGUUUGCUCCCAUCGCUGUAAUUUAAAAUCCAAUUUAAGAGCUCACAUCAAGAAAAUGCAUCUGAGAGGAAAUUUUCGUUUCAAAUGCAAACGCUGCUCGAACUUCCAAGCAAGAGGUUUUGAAGAAUUACAGGAACACAACAUACAAGCCCACAAAGAGCCUCUAAUAAAAUGUGAUACUGGAAGCUGCAGUUUCUUCUUCUACAAAGAAAGUGGUUUGCGAGACCACAGGAAAAAAAAGCACUCGGAUGACACAACCAGACUGUGUUGCACCUUGUGCAACUUCUCAUGUGCCACGGAAAGUACCUUUCUUAAGCACGACUCGUUGAAGCACGCAAAUCCUAAUCGGUCUCACGAGAAGGAAAAGAUGAGCCAGCUGGACCGGCAGUUCAAGUGCACCGAGUGCAGCGCUGCUUUUGUAAGAGAAGAUUCCCUUCGAGCUCAUUCAAAAAUGCACCAGAAAGUUGAUUUUGUUGCGAACUUUGACGUUCUGAGUAACGCUCAGAUCCAGAUACAAGACUUAAUUUUGGACAUACAAUAUACUUAAAAUUUACAUUAAACGCAAUAAUUUUUUUAAAUAUUUAUUUGACAGCUCUGCAUUUUUUUU